AUGGAAUUAACUGUUAUUAAAAGUUCACCCCUUGCUAUUUCACCUCAGAAAAUGAAUCUGGUAGCCGGUUUAAUUAGAAAGAAAAAGUUAGAUUACUCUCUUGAUUUGCUUUCUUUUUUACCAAAAAAGGGUGGUCGAAUGCUUUACAAAAUAUUACAAGGAGCAGCAAAGAAUUUGGAGAAAGAGAAGCAAGAGACCAAAAAUUUUUAUUUAACUAAAAUUGAAGUAAACCGAGGUAAGAUCCAAAAGCGGAUUAUGUAUCGGGCUAAAGGUCGUGCUGAUCGAAUAAGAAAGAGAUAUUGUUUAGUCAAUUUAUACUUAUCAAAAAAAGAAGUAACAGCAAAAACUGACCCUAAAAUUAACCAGCGAAAGGAGUCAAAUUCAUCUGAAUCGGAAAGACAAAUGAAAAAAUAA